CUUGGGUAUUGUGUCACAGUUGAACGGAUCUGCUACACAUGUUGGAGGAGCAGGGCCGGCGUACUUAUUGUACAAUCGCAGCUGACUGUUUUUAAUAGCUUGGUCUUUUGUACGGAUGUGGAUAUUGGUCGAGGACUCAGUCUGUCGGUCUAUCAACAGUUGCGUUCAUCGAUAGGCCUGCUAUCUCUCUUUCACCAAACGAGGAUCCUGGUGUUCCAGAAGGUACAUGAUCUGAGGCAAGAGACUGUUAAUACGAGACACCAGUCAAGAGUUUACAUGAUAACAUGGCUAACCUUCAGAGGAAUGGUCGAGAGCCGAAAAGGGGGGCCGCCACAAAAGGAACGGCACCGACCCCCAACAAAAAAUACGACUACUCGACAUACCGACUAUCCUCGCCGCUAACCGAAAUCAAAUCGGAGUACGAUGUGGUGGUUAUCGGAUCCGGAUACGGAGCAUCAAUCGCUGCUAGUCGGUGCGCUCGGGCCGGUCAGUCGGUGUGCGUACUGGAGAAAGGGAAGGAGUGGUGGCCGGGAGACUUCCCCGAGAGCGAACUCAAGUCCGUCAACGAGUUACAGGUGACGAGGCCGGGACAUAAAUCUGUAUUUGGCAAAGAGACGGGUCUGUUCGACAUGGUGGUCGGUGCCGACGUCAGUGUCCUCCAGGGCUGUGGACUGGGAGGGACGUCUCUUAUCAACGCCAAUGUCGCUCUCGAAUGCGACAAGCGGGUCAUGGAUGAUGAGCGCUGGCCCAAAGAGAUCCGUGAAGACUUGGCCAUGCUGUAUGGUGACGACAGACAGCACGUGUUUGAUAUGUUGAAACCCGAGAGGUACCCUACAGACUUUCCAGAACUUGCAAAAAUGAAGGCAAUGAAGCUAGGAGCUGCUCGUCUUAUCAGGGACAUCGAGGAUCUCUCUGUACCCGAUGUUUACAGCAGCGUACCCCUCUAUGUGAACUUCAAACACGCGGAGAAGAACGACUUCGGAAUCCCUCAGCCUGCGUGCAACGGGUGCGGCAAUUGCGUCGGAGGGUGCAACGUAGGUGCAAAGAACACCCUGAACUUCAACUACCUGCCAGACGCGAGGACAUUCGGUGCCGACAUCUUCACGCAGACAAAAGUGAAAGCCGUCCUUCGAGAAGAGUCUAAAGGCAUGUGGAAGGUGUUUUACGAAGAGUUGGUCCAAGAUGUCUUCCAUGUGGUCGAGCAGACGGUACGGGCCAAGAUCGUCAUCUUUGGAGCUGGGUCCCUGGGAUCCACCAAUAUCUUGAUGAACUCUGAACAGCGCGGUCUGCAACUGUCUGAUAGGCUGGGAGAAGGCUUCACGACAAACGGUGACGCGCUGAACUUUAGCUACAACACGGCGCAUAAAGUCAAAUGCGUCGGCGUCAAAACGAAGGAUGUGAAACCAGGGCAUGGGCCAGGACCGUGCAUUGCAUCUGUCAUUGACAUGAGGCUCCCUAGUGCCCCAUUGGAUGAUGGGUAUGUCCUUGAAGAUGGGACACCACCUGUUGCUUGGGAGGCUCCCUUGAAGAUCCUCCUGAAGACCACACCUGGAUUGAAACUCUCACAUGGUAAAAACACUCGUGAAGCACUACGUGCUAUAUCAGGCAAAUCCAUCAAGCACACUCUUUCUGUACUGUCCAUGAGCCACGAUUCUGCGGAUGGUAGACUCAUCCGUGAUAAGGCCAGUGGGCGGGUCACGGUGGAUUUCCCCAUGGUUGGAGGUGGAGCUAACUUCGAGAAGAUGUUUGAGGGGUCGAAGGAGUUGACGGCUGCCUUGGAAGGACAUCACAUCGCAAACCCAUUCUGGAAGGGUAUGUUGAGUGAGCUGAGGAACACCAAGGGUGUCAUCACCGUUCACCCAUUGGGUGGGUGCUGCAUGGCUGAGUCUGGCAAGGAUGGCGUCGUCAACCAUGCCGGCCAGGUGUUUGUUGGAAAUUUCGAUAACGUCUAUCCUGGGCUUCUUGUAGUUGAUGGCGCAAUCAUGCCACGCAGUCUUGGCGUUAACCCAACGUUGACCAUUGCCAUGGUUGCUGAACGGUGCAUACGUCUUCUAGCAUAUAGAGAGGGAUGGAGUAUAGACUACCCGUCAAGAAGAAAUAUAGCUACGGUAUACAGGAAGACCAAACCCGGAUUCCGCUUCACGGAAAAGAUGAGUGGAAAACUGAUAGUUGAUGGAGAGAAGAUACCAAUUUCCUUCCAGCUAACCAUCGAGUCGAAAGACAUCUACCAUAUGCUGAAGCUUGAUCCGACCCACCGCGCCGGCAUCUACGGCAUUGUGAGUUGUGAUGCACUGUCGAAGACUCCCCUGACAGUUUCUGAUGGCAUCUUUCAGCUGCUCGCCGACAGCGAAGACAAGGUCGAGACCAAAGAAAUGGUCUACAAAAUGACUUUGACUAACCACGAAGGGGAGGUAUUCUACUUCAAGGGUGAAAAAUGCAUCCAAAAGAAUAGAGCUCUGGAAACGGGUUUGACGGAUACAACGCAUAUGACCUUCACCGUGACAAAAGGUUCUGGCACGUCCGUGGAGACAGUCGGUGAAGGUAAGCUGAAGCUCAAGAUCCGGGAUUUCAUGAGGCAGCUCACAACCAUCGAGGUGACCAAUUGCCAUAAUGCGAUUGAGAGAUUGAGGUGGAAGACCAGGUUCUGCAAGUUUUUUGCCGGUUCCCUCUGGGAGGUCUACGGCAUCCUCAGUCCAUCCACAACGCCCUUUGACCCUGAUGCACCUCCGAGGGAAAGACGACUUCUCAAAAUGGAUCAAGACAAGAUUGUCCCGAUGAAGCUCCCUGCAGGAGAUGGCAUACCGCUUAUCCUCACGCGAUACAGAGGGGGAGAGAAAGGUCCCAUUCUACUGCUUCACGGGCUAGGUGUGUCAAGUCGCAUCUUCACAAUCGAUACAGUCAACAAGAACAUGGUGGAGUACUUGGUGGAGAAAGGAUUUGAUGUGUGGUCUUUGGACAUGCGAUUCUCAAUAUCACUACCGUCUCACAAGGAUGGAUGCACUGUCAUAGAUGCGGCAGAGUUCGAUGUUCCGGUUGCCAUUGACCUCAUUCUUCAGACCACCAAAGUAUCCAGCGUCCAGGUCUUUGGUCAUUGCAUGGGAUCACUGGUGAUUUUUGCCUCACUCCUCGGAGGUUUUGUCGCUAAGGAGAAGAUUAGCAGCAUCGUGUCUUCUCAGCUUGGGUUUGUCAUCAAGCCCACUGCAGCGUCCACCACUGGUCCAAAUUUCAUUGGCGAUGGCGUUGAUGCGUACACUGACACCAACGAAAAUUGGAUGGGAAGAGUCUUCAAUGUCGUCUCAGAUAGAUAUGCCAGUUUCGUGACAUCCGCCAAUGAGCACUGUGACAGCCACGUAUGCCACCGUGUGACGUUCUUGUACCGACCGUCAUGGCAGCACGAGAAUUUAAACAAGAGCACCCACGACACCUUGCAUGAAUGGAACGGCUUCACCAACAAGGAUCUCUUCAAGCACCUUUCCAAGUGUGCUAACAAGAAGAUGCUGUGCAACCGUGAUGGGGACAAGCCUCUCAUUCCGAAGUUCGAUUCCAAGAACUACCUGGAGAAUCCCGAGUACCAGGAAGCCAUGUCACGUCUUGAUGUUCCCAUCCUCUUCUUCACGGGAGAGCGGAACAGCCGAUGGGACAAGAAAUCGAUCCAACGGAGCCAUCAAAGAUGCCUGGAGAGUCACCCCGACCAGCACUAUGCGUGUCUCAUGGUGCCUUCCUAUAAUCAUUCAGACUCUAUCGUUGGCAAGAACGCGGAAAAUGAUGUAUUCCCACUCUUCUUGCCAUUCCUCGAGAAGUACUCAAUACCACACGACAUGUCAGAUGGCACAUCUUUAAGCAGCCUUUAAUUUGUAUCAUGGCGACAGGGCUGUAUAUGAAGAG